GGAUGUGGGGGGGAGAAAUGGGUCAGACAGAAGAGCUGCAGCAUCCGCCUCACUUCCCGCCCUCAGCUGCUGGACAAAGCCGAGGUGUUUACUCCCGCUCUCUCGCAUCAUUCCGGACCAAGUGGAUCACGUGACCUCGCGGGAGGCUCCGCCGACAACAGGACUCGGAUUGGAAUCCGCAUCAUGAGCAGCAGAGCGGCGUUUCCUCCCCUAGAUUCUGGGCCGGAUUUCUCUCGCCCUUCGAAUGCGCCAGUGUAAACAUCGCAGAGACGAUGUUGGACACGGAACCGAGGCGAGCGUGAAAGAGCGAGAGCAAACGUCACCGCUCCUUCGACGGGAGGAUGAGAGCUUUGGGCGUCAGGACGCGGACACUCACCCCAGCUGUCUCGGUUCUGACGCCGCUUCGCCAUGGUUGUGUCCCGGGAUGGUCUCAGAUGGCGGGUAGCAGCUCGGUCAUGGGCGGUGCUGGGAGCGCGCAGUGUCCGCCACAGAGAUGCUGCGGCUGCUGCUGCUGCUGGAUGAUGGCGCCUGAGCUCUCUCGAUGCGGUGCGCGGACCGGACGCGAGGUGGCGCUGGCUGCACGCCUCUGCUCAGGAGGAGUCGCGGCCGAACAGAAGAAGUCAGCUCUUAAAGUCGCAGGCAACUCCGAAGGCGUUGAUCAGUGCGCGAAAGACUGUCGCGUAUUGUUCACUAACAUAUUCGCGAGAUCGCCCGAUGCAGUCCCACCGUGUCUCCAUCCUUCGCUUGGCUGAGAGAUGGUGCGCACAUUCUAACGCCUCAUCAGCCGUAGAACAACGUGGCUGACUUGUUCUCAACACAAACUAGGACACCGAUUAGUGUUGACCUCGCUUUCAUUGAGCUUUAUCUCCCCCAGUGUUUUGACGAAGACACUUUGUGACUUAAUGAAUGAAUUGGAAUCAAGAACUUCCUCAACUCAACUUUAAGUAAAUAGUCAAGUACAGUCUUGUAAAACAAAAACAUAUAUAACUAUAUGUAAAAUAAACUAUAUAUAUAGUAUAGUAUAGUACAGUGUUUUCGAUAUCCCCAUGUACGAGCUGCUCCUGAACGCACCACUGAAGUGAUCCGCGGACUGGAGAAGCGCCUCUCGGUCCGGCCCGUCUCUUGGAAAAGACCCGAUAAACCUGUGGUGUUGUGUCGGUAUUUUUCUGAUUUGGGCAUGGUGGUGGUGUGUCGCGUAUAGGCGGCCCUUUCCUCUGCGGAGCACGGUUCGGGGUCGGAGGCGAACUCGGCAAGUUUCGAAGGUCCGAGCUGCCGGUGAAGUGGAUCCGGUGAGCGCGAGCUCCACUUUGCCACUGUUCUCGACAACAAAGGCGACACUUUGCUUCGAGUUGCGUUACUCGACGCCAGCGUGCGGUGGACGGACCGAGGAGCGUUCACGAUGCGAGCCACGUCGGCCCACGGCUGUUGUUCAGGCGAAGGUAGGAGCCGCGCGCUGGACUGAAGUUGGCGCUGCUAGUUAGCGUUAGCGCUCUCUCGGGUGCGAACCUCUGCCAAGGCUGGGGACUCGUCUGCCGUCGCUGCGCGGUGAAGGUGGUGUUACUGCCGCUGGCAUGUGGGAGCGGAGAGCAGCGCCUGAGCGACACUGAUCUGCGCGGAUCCAGGAAGCUGCCUCCAGUCAACACCCGGAACCAGGCUCGCUGAGGGCGACUGGAUGUGAGGAAGGUUGGGCCGGGACCUGCACAACAUGGAUCUGUUUCCCAGACCCAGCGGCGAGAUCCUGAGGAGAAACCCGCAGCACGACUUCGAGCUCAUCCACAGGGUGGGCAGCGGCACCUAUGGAGACGUGUACAAGGCUCGGAAUAUCAAGACUGGAGAGCGAGCUGCAGUGAAGAUCAUCAAACUGGAGCCAGGGGAUGACUUUUCCAUCAUUCAGCAGGAAAUCUUCAUGGUGAAGGAAUGCAUGCACCACAACAUCGUGGCCUACUUUGGGAGCUACCUCUGUCGGGAGAAGCUGUGGAUCUGUAUGGAGUACUGUGGCGGAGGGUCACUGCAGGACAUCUAUCAUGUGACUGGACCCCUGUCGGAGCUCCAGAUCGCAUAUGUGUGCAGGGAGACCAUCCAGGGUUUGGGAUACUUGCACAGCAAGGGAAAGAUGCAUCGAGACAUCAAGGGAGCCAACAUACUGCUGACAGACGAUGGUGAUGUGAAACUAGCUGAUUUUGGAGUUGCUGCCAAAAUAACCGCCACAAUUGCCAAGAGAAAGAGUUUCAUUGGAACACCGUACUGGAUGGCCCCAGAAGUAGCCGCGGUUGAGAAGAAUGGAGGCUACAACCAGCUGUGUGACAUCUGGGCCGUGGGCAUCACGUCCAUCGAGCUGGCUGAGCUCCAGCCACCGAUGUUCGACCUGCACCCCAUGAGGGCCCUGUUUCUGAUGUCCAAAAGUAGCUUUGCUCCACCAAAGCUAAAAGACAAAAACAAGUGGUCGGCUGCCUUUCACAACUUCGUCAAAGUGUCUCUGACAAAGAACCCGAAGAAGAGGCCCACAGCGGAAAAGCUGCUCUCUCACGUGUUUGUGGCACAGACUGGCCUGACCAAACAACUGGCUGUGGAUCUCCUGGACAGGAUGAACAACCCUGAGAACCAUCAGCAUUUCUCCGAGGGGGAUGACGACGACAUUGAGUCUCUCUCUGCCGUCAGACACACCAUCCGCUCGUCCAACAAGCAAGCCAGGGCGGAGCGGACGCGCUCGGAGAUCAACUCAAGCAAUGGGGCAGAGCAUGGAGGCUCCUGCCCGAGUCCCAGCUCCUCUGAGAGCCGCCGCCGCGGGGGGGCAGCAGUUGACAAGGUGCAGUUUGAAGCUCCUCUCCAGAAGGAAACAGAAGCUCAUUCAGAAAUGGAUGUGAGCAAAGAUAAUGACUUCUCGUCCCCGUGGAGUCCCUUUGCUGAUGGAGUGACCCCGAGGAGUCUUCUCAGAAGCGUUGAGGACGAAUUGUUCCAACGGGGCCACGUUACCCAUCUGGACGAUGCCUUCGAGGAAAUGGAGCUGUCCACGCUGAAGCCCGGCGUCCCUCCCCCGCUGCCCCCAAAGCCUCGGUUAACCAGCUCCUCUGACGAGAUGGGCCUAAACGAUGAGCGCAAUCUGACGGUGCGGAGGUUCCCCAACUCGGAGAACGCGGCGGCGGCAGCCGUUCGGCGGCGGCAGAGCACGCCCGAGCAAGGCAGCCAGGUGGAGCGCUCGUCUCCAGACUUCCUCUCUGCCAGCGUCAGCAGCCCUGGACUCCUGUCUCAUGCCUCGGAGCCUGCUCUCUGUACGUCUGAAUGCAAAGAUGAGGACUCGGACGGCAGCCUGAACGGAGGGAGUCCCCGACCACCGCCCACACGGCAGCGUCGCAAGGAGAAGAAGGACUACCCCAAGCCGGCCAUCAACGGCUUGCCUCCCACGCCCAAAGUUCUGAUGGGCGCCUGCUUCUCCAAGGUGUUUGACGGCUGCCCACUGAAGAUCAACUGUGCCACGUCGUGGAUUCACCCUGACACCAAAGAUCAGUACCUGAUCUUUGGCACGGAAGACGGCAUCUACACGCUGAAUCUCAACGAGCUGCAUGAAGCCACCAUGGAGCAGCUGUUUCCCAGGAAGUGCACGUGGCUCUAUGUGAUCAACAACAACCUCAUGUCUUUAUCAGGCAAGACCUUCCAGCUCUACUCCCAUAAUCUGAUCGGUCUGUUCGAGCAGCUGAAGAAGCCUGGCCUGGCAGCUCAGUUCCAGACUCACCGCUUCCCGGACAAGAUCUUACCCAGGAGGUUCGCCUUGACAACCAAGAUCCCCGACACCAAGGGCUGCCACAAGUGCUGCAUCGUCAGGAACCCCUACACGGGACACAAGUACCUGUGUGGAGCGCUACAGUCCGGGAUCGUGCUCCUGCAGUGGUACGAGCCCAUGCAGAGGUUCAUGCUGAUCAAGCACUUCGACUUCCCCCUGCCGAGCCCCCUGAAGGUCUUUGAGAUGCUGGUGGUGCCGGAGCAGGAGUAUCCUCUGGUGUGUGUGGCCAUCAGCAAGGGCAGCGACCCCAGUCAGGUGGUUCGCUUCCAGACCAUCGACCUCAACUCCUGCUCCUCCUGGUUCACUGAGACGGGAACAAGUCAUCAGCAGGUGGACGCCAUCCACGUCACUCAGCUGGAGCGCGACACCGUGCUGGUGUGUCUGGACCAACAUUUGAAGAUCGUGAACCUCCAGGGGAGACUCAAGUCCAACAAGAAGCUGGCGUCUGAGCUGAGCUUCGACUUCUGCAUCGGCUCCGUGGUGUGUCUGCAGGACAGCGUGCUGGCCUUCUGGAGACACGGCAUGCAGGGGAAGAGCUUCAAGUCCAACGAGGUGACUCAGGAGAUCUGUGACCCCAGCAGGGUUUUCCGCCUCCUGGGAUCUGACAGGUUGGUGGUUGCUCAGGUGUUUGGGGAGGGGCUGGCAGUGAAGUCAUGGGCUCCUCCCAUCACUCGCUGCGCCUCUGUCCUGUCAUCUGCUGGUAGCUUUCCCGACUGCACCUGAACCGUGGCUGGGCGCCGCAUCAUCUGACUGCUGUGUGUCCUGCAGGGUGGUGGUCCUGGAGAGCCGACCCACUGACAACCCCACGGCCCUCAGCAACCUCUACAUCCUGGCUGGCCACGAGAACAGCUACUGAAGCGCCGCCGCCGCCGCCGCCGCCGCCAUGUCGGCCCCUGGAUCCGGGACCCGGCCAAGAGUUCUGGGGUUUAUCGAUGAACGUGACCUGAACCGGCGCUCGCACCUGCAGCCCCUGGUUCUCCCGCUUUGUAACUUUGCCUUGGCUGUGAAAACCUCCUCUCUUGCUCUCUCUCUUUUAUCAACUUUUACUUCUCAUUUUUGCACCGUAUCAGCACUUUUGUACAUUUUUAAUUUAAAAUAAAAACACAAAACGAGGGCCGGUGCUUGGUUUGUGGACGUC